GUGUAUACAUGUAGGGAAAAUUCCGAAACUCAUCGAUUAGCAAACUCAGACAAACAUUUCCCUAGGUAUAUACAUUUCCGCCAUUGGAUUCCCUUUCAUUUUCCCCCUCUUGAAUUUUCUCGGAAACCUCUAAUCCGCUGCCUUUCCUAGCGGGAUCAAAAGGUUUCUAGGUCCUACCUCCUCAAUUUCUCUACAUUUAUUUUAUUAUUAUCAUUCUCGAGGGUUUUCUUUUUAAAGUUUCAGAUUUUGAAAGCCACGGCGUGUUUGGUAUUUCACAAGGGCUUGGGCGAUAUUGUGGUGAAUUAGGGGUUCCCCGAGAGAAUAUGAGUGAUCACUUGGUGUUGUAUGUGGACGGUCCGAUUCCGCCUGCUGCGGUGACCGGGGCGGAGCCGCCUUCCGAGGCUCCUUCUGGGCCGCCCCUCGGCUCAGAAGCUGCGGGCCCGUCGUGUUCUGUGGAUGAGAGUAAGAUGGUUGAAGAAAGCGUGAGCUCGGGUGAGGAGGAGCCUCUGAUUCAGAUGGCCGAGUGUCGCAUUUGCCAGGAGGAGGAUAGCGCCCAUAACUUGGAGACCCCUUGUGCUUGUAGUGGAAGCCUCAAGUAUGCACAUAGAAAGUGUGUUCAGCAUUGGUGCAAUGAGAAAGGAGAUAUAACAUGUGAGAUAUGUCAUCAGCCUUACCAACCUGGUUAUACUGCUCCACCUCCUGCACCUCACUCAGAAGAAACUGCCAUUAAUAUUGGUGGAGGCUGGACAAUCUCUGGCACCCCUUUGGAUCUUAGUGAUCCUCGCAUCUUGGCAAUUGCAGAUGCAGAACGCCAAUUUUUGGAAGCCGAAUAUGAUGAGUAUGCAGAUUCAAAUGCUAGUGGGGCUGCAUUUUGCCGUUCGGCUGCUCUAAUUUUAAUGGCCCUCCUGCUCCUGCGCCAUGCAUUGACGAUCACAGAUCCUGAUGGAGAAGAUGACACAUCUACGUUUUUCUCUCUCUUCUUGCUUCGAGCUGCUGGGUUUCUGUUGCCCUGCUACAUUAUGGCUUGGGCCAUCAGUGUCUUGCAGCGUCGACGUCAAAGACAGGAGGCUGCAGCAUUGGCAGCGACACAAGUUGCUUUUGUGCUGCAACAUGGGCAACGUAGGGGUCUGCAAUUUGCGAUAGCAUCAGGACCCACUGUGACUCCACACCAGGAACCUGUUUAAUUUGGUUGUGCAUGCCCUGGUGCUAGAUGGUUUUCCGUGUUCAAUUGAGAGUGAUUGGGCAAAAACUGGUAAAAAAUAAAUAUGAACAUUUCCUUCGCCCAGAGAUUUCAAUUUGAGAAAAGAAAAUAUUAACAAAAAAAAAAAAAAAAAAAAAAAAGGGUAAAAGGUGUCUUGGUAAAUACUGUUGUGGGUUGUUGGGAGGCCAUGACAUCUCCAUAUCUGUUUUUCUCAGUUCUACAAAUGUAUACAUGACUUGUGCAUCCUCAACUUGAUGAGUACCGGCCGCUUGUCAUCUGAGUUUUACUUCUUGUUCACAUAAACAUGAUUUGUUGCAACUUA